AUGCGUGGCCGGGAAAAGGAUAAGAAGAGACGGCCCCUCAUCUCUGCACCCGUCGGCCCUGUCAAAAGCUCAAGAGGUGCCGAUCUUAUCCGAAGCGAGAGGCUCAUCAUCGUCGAUACCAUCGAUGACUGCGAGACGGCCAGCUCUGAUUCUACGCUCAGACACCGCAGUCGCUUGCCAACACACAACUUGAGGCACAUCUCGGACAGUUUUCGCAGUGACGGACAGUUGCACAGCAGCCCUACCGACGAAAGCUGUGAUAGCGCUUCCACGCCGACCAUCAAGGCCUUUCUGGAAUCCAAGUCGUCAAAGAAGCAGCGCAGAAGCUUACUAUCGACAACCUCAUCCAUACCAAAGCCGUCUUUCAAGGCUACACUGCUCACAGUGUCAGUCGCCGCUCAGCAGGACGAGAAUAUCCCCCCAGCGUCUGAAGGUCUUUUCCAUCUAAAUCCACCAGCACAACGCGUAGCCAGCAAGCUGCCAAAGUCUCGAACCAUGAGCGCCCUCCAUGAGUUGAAAACAUCCAUCUCUCGGCCAUCGUUGGUUGCUCGCUCCGUCAACGUGUCAGCCUUUGGAGGCCCCUCGGCCAAAUCAUCUCCAUCUUCCAACGGGACCACCCUGACUCCUAUCAAGCUUUCCGAGAUGAACAUGUCACAGCCAUCUACAACCUCGCUGGCCAAGUCAGUCCACAGCUGUACUUCUGGGGCCCCAUCCUUGCAUAUCAGCAGCGCACAGUCAUCCGCAUACUGGACUGGUCGAUUUAUGGCUCUCCACGAUCGAUUCUCCUCCGAGAAUCUAGCCGUAGAUGCUCGUGAAUCCCGCCUAUCGCUGGCCGAUUCUUUCUCAGUCCAACCAAAGACUCCUUACAGCAACCUGUAUCAGCGUGCUUCUCACCUCCCCACCUCAACCACCACUUCGGCUUUGAGGAGCCUCAUGACCUCGUCCAGCACUUCAUCGAUAAGCGAAGAAGACGCUCGGGCUCGUCGCGUGUUCGAUCAUCUGGAUUCGCUUUGCAGCACAUCUGAGGCGCGACGCUCCCUUCACAUCUGGCAGCAAGCUUACGCUCGCCGUCAUAACAGCCCCUAUCUUCUUCCCGAGGGAGGCACCAUGGGCACGGUGGAGACGAAAGGUUUCAUGGCCAAGCUCUUUGGGAGUUCUAAGAAGAACGAAAGGCACAGCUUCUCCAAAUUGCAGCAGUGCUCUUAUAUCCAUGAAAACAAGAGCAAGAGCUUCCUAUCCGGCAGCUUCUCGAGAGCUUCUCGCGGAAAGCGCCUCACCGUGACUUGA